AUGAUCACAGAACCACCAUUAUCAUCUUACUGUGAGCCCUGGAGCUUUACAGAAGACAAACUGUUCGAAGAAUGUAUAGCCGAAGGUUACUUCGACAUCGAGGACGAGUCAACUCGGUGGCUUCAAAUCACUACCAAACUCGGAGGUAAGAGGACCCCAGCAGAGAUUCAAAAUCACUACUAUGAACUUGCCUACGACGUUGAGUCGAUUGAAAACGACCGAGUUCCUCUCCCGAAUUACAGUGACUUAUACAACUCGGACGAUGACUCGGAAGAUGAUGACUCGAAACCGAGGAAGAGAGGUUCUCAAUGGAGCAAAGAUGAACAUAGGUUGUUUUUGAUAGGCGUGAAGAUAUAUAAAAAGGGUCAGUGGACAAACAUUUCAAAGAAUGUGGUAGUAACAAGGUCACCAACUCAAGUUGCUAGUCAUGCUCAAAAGUACUAUUCUCGGAAUGACCCAGCAAACAUACAGAAACGAAAGAGAUCAAGCAUCCAUGAUAUUACUGUAAACGAUGAUGCAGCUUUGCAAAAGCUCCACAAAAAAGGCCUUCUUCCUACUCAUAUACUUGAUAAGCUUCGAUCAGCAGAAAUAAAGAUUAAGCAAGAGCAUAGUAAUGAACAAGUGAACAACAACAAUAAUAGUAUUUCUCCAAACUAUCAACUUCAAACGCCUCAAGUUGUACUUAAUGGACAAGUGAGCAACACUUCUCAAAGCCAAUAUCAGCAGCGGCCGCCACUGCCCCCACCAUUGUUGAUGCCUCGACAGCCAUCCCCACCACCAUUGCUAACACUAUCACGAUCACCGCCACCACCGCCACAGCUUUGGCCGCAACAAUCGUGUUCAUGGCUAUAG